AUGCAGCGGGAGGAAGAAGAAGAGGAAGAGAGAAAGAUUGAAGAGUACCGUGAAAUCGGUUUGAGGUUGAAGGAAUUUCCUGAGGAAGACUUGAGGAAAGCUAGAAAGCUCGUCUCCAGCUUCAUCACUGCUGCUGAGGAAGUCGAAGAGAGAAUUGAAGAAGCUGCUGAGAAAGGAGAACUGGACGAGCUUGUUCUCAUGAUCAUAUGGAACCGCCUUGACCUCGCUCGCCGUGAUGACGAGAAGGACGCUAUAAGAAGUCUUGAUCUCUUGUAUAGAAGAGUCGAGACAGAGAUCUUAAAACGGCAAGCAAGUCCUGCGAUGAAGCUGCUGAAUGAUCUUCUAAACAUGCAUGAUGGCUUUGGAGACGAUGCUUGGCUGAAAGACUGCAGAAAACGAAUGGCUGAGACAUUCCCACGGGAAGACCCCUUCAGCAUUCUAAUGCCACCCGGUUUCGACAUUGAUAUGCAUCAAGUACCGUUACGGUCACUCGUUGAGACAGACAACACCCUUCUGAGAGUAGACUUUGUAAGAGAAGUUGAUGCAUUGCUGCAUGAAGUGAGAUUAAUAGAGGAAGACGAGGAGGAAGCUGGUAAGAAAGGAGACCCUGAAGCGAUAGCACGUAAGUUGAAGCAGCAAGAGAAGAAGCGAACCAUCCGUCAAGUUGAAGCCCUUCUUGAUUUUGUUGGGUCCCUCCUAGAUGGAGAGAACUAAGUGGGCAUGAGACAU